AUGAGAACGAAAACGGCAGAAGUCGAUCAGUUGCAGAACACUAUAUCCGAUUUGCGAAAAAAAUCCAAAAACUCGGAAUCUGAAAUCGAUCGUUUGCGCCAACAGACGCACGAAACAGAAGAUUACAAACGGGAAGUCGAUCGGCUAAAGAACACGAUAGCCGAUUUGCAAAGAGCGGUCGCUCCCGACGAUGACGGCGAUGGCAAUCGCAAUGCAAAGCUGAUCAAGCGUUUAGAAUCGAGCGAGAAAUCACUGGACGAGUCGAGAAAAGUUAGAGACCGGAUGGGACUAGAGAUAAAAAUACUUAGGAAUCAAAAUGAACAAAUGAAAACGGAGAUUGAUAAUUUCGGCGAUUACAAAGAGAGGAUUAAACAGUUGCAACACACGACAUCCAAUUUAACGCAAGAGUUGCGGUUAGCAAGAAGUGAAAUUGAGGAAAAAGUUUGCGAAAUUAAUUACCUGUCGACCGGGAACAUUGAAAACGAAAAGCUGUUCGAGUUGGAGAAAUUGAAAGAGGAAAGAGACAAUCUUUUGUCCAAUUUUCAAAAGUUGAAGUCCGAGAUCAGCCGUCUGCGCGAUGAAGCAAACAAAUAUUGGGACGAUCGAUCGAAAAUGAAUUCGGAGAUCAAGAAACUAAAAUCCAAACUGGAUCGAUCGAGAGAUAACAAACAGUCGCGGAAAACGAGCAUCAAACUACAAAGCGAUGGCGAAGAAGAAGAAGAAGAAGAGGAAGAGGAAGAGGAAGAAGCGAGAAAAAAGAUCCCGAUUUUGUCGUUCGUCGUGGAUAUGCAACCUCACGUGCUUUCGUACGACGCACUGUUCGAAGAUAAAAUGUCAACGUUUAACGAACUCUUGAACGAAGCCAGACAUUACGCACGCUUGGGGAACGACGAAAUGUCGCAGGCAGCAACCGCACUCACGUGCAGACGCGGUUCCACGGCUAUAGCUCCGUUGGUCGUUUACCAAAAUCCACCGACGGAAG